GAGAGAGAGAGAGAGAGAAUAUGCUCUGAGGAAUUGUCUCGUUAAUGAAGGAAAGGAACGAAACCGCGAGCACGCGAGCGACCGAAGCAUAGGAGACUGCACGCGACACGUACAAUGUGUAGAACGAGACGCGGCAGAAUGGAACAUCUGGCACGAGCAGCAGUGUGACGAGCUGGAGGAUCCAACGUUACGGUCCCGGAGAGCCGCGUCUGACCCGAUGAACUGAUUCAUUGAUGCUUUCUCCACCAGCGGUGGAACGGACGCGUGCGACUGCACGGAUUUGCACGCACGCCACUCAACCAUGGCUUGGGUUUGGAUAUUAACUUUGGCCAUCGGUAUUAACGUGAACAAAGUGCUGGCUGGGCCUCGGUUCUCCCAGGAGCCUGCAGACCAGUCAGUGGUUCUGGGUGAGCGUGUGGUUCUGUCCUGUGUGGUCUUUAACUAUACAGGCAUUGUGCAGUGGACCAAAGACGGACUUGCACUGGGCAUAGGAGAAGACCUGAGGGUGUGGCCACGGUAUCGUGUAUUGCGGAUCGUGGACGUUGGCCAGUAUAACCUGGAGAUCUCAGCAUCUGAGCUGUCAGACGAUUCUCUGUACGAGUGUCAGGCCACGGAGGCAGCACUACGCUCCAGAAGAGCCAAACUCACUGUGCUCAUCCCCCCUGAUGAUCCGGUGAUUGACGGUGGUCCGGAGAUCCUGCUAACAGCAGGGGUCUCGUACAACCUGACUUGUGUGUCCCGAGGGGCUAAACCUCUCUCCACCAUAGACUGGUACAAGGAUGGCGUGUUAGUGGAAGGAGCACAUACAAGCACUGAGGUCUUACCUGACAGGAAGCGUGUCACCACACGUAGUUUCUUGCCUAUCCAGCCUGUGGAUACAGACACAGGAAGAAACUUCACCUGCGUUUCCAUCAACCCUGCAGUACCACUGGGCAAGAGAGCAAGCAUCACACUCAACGUGCACCAUUCUCCUACAGUAUUAUUAUCGAUUGAGCCUCGUUCUGUUCUAGAGGGAGAGAGAGUGACAUUUACCUGCCAAGCUAUGGCAAACCCUCCUAUCAUGGGCUACAGGUGGGCUAAAGGCGGCGUUAUUCUGGAGGGUGCGAGGGAGAGUGUGUUUGUGACGACAGCAGACCACUCCUUCUUCACUGAGCCCGUUUCCUGUCAGGUGUUCAACGCUGUGGGCAGCACCAACGUUAGCAUCCUGGUCGACGUCCACUUCGGUCCAAUCCUGGUGGUGGAGCCCCGACCAGUGACGGUAGAUGUGGAGUCUGAUGUCACACUGAACUGUAAAUGGGCAGGAAAUCCCCCUCUCACCCUCACCUGGACCAAGAAGGGCUCCAGUAUGGUUCUCAGUAACAAUAACCAGCUGUAUUUGAAGUCAGUGAGUCAGGCAGAUGCAGGCCAGUACGUGUGUAAAGCCAUCGUGCCCAGGAUUGGGGUUGGAGAGACAGAGGUCACACUCACGGUCAACGGACCGCCGAUCAUUUCAAGUGAUCCAGUCCAGUACGCCGUCAGAGGGGAGAGAGGAGAUGUCAGGUGUUAUAUCGCCAGCACCCCUCCCCCUGAUAAAAUAGUGUGGGCUUGGAAGGAGAACGUGUGGGAGAAAGAGAGAGGCACCCUCCUGGAGAGGUACACAGUAGAGCAGAGUAAACCUUUGCCACAAGGGGGCGCUGUACUCUCCACACUCACCAUCAACAAUGUCAUGGAGUCUGACUUCCAGUCCACGUACAACUGCACUGCCUGGAAUUCCUUUGGUCCAGGAACAAUGAUCAUCACAUUAGCAGAGACAGACAUGGUGCCUGUGGGAAUAAUCGCGGGUGGAACAGUCGGAUCCUCCAUCCUGUUAAUUCUCUUCCUGAUCUCACUGGCAUACUACCUGCACCGCCAGCGAAAGGAAGGUCGUCGUGGGGUCGCACUAAAACCUGACAUCAAGGUUGAGACGGUCAACAAGGAGACGCCCAGCAUGGAGGAAGACACUGCCAGCGUUUCCACGGCAACACGCAUGUUUCUUCCCUCUGUCUCCCUCUCUCCCUCCACUCAGCCUUUCAAAGAAGAGGGUGAGGUGAAGCAGGACACGCGGCCUGAAACGCAGGAGACCAGGGAGGAGUAUGAGCUCAAGGACCCCACUAAUGGUUAUUACAACGUCCGUGCGACGACGCACGAUGAAGCUCGUCCUGUCUCCCGCGCAAUACUCUACCAGGAGUUCCGGCCACCAAACCCCGCCUCCGUGUCUGCCUCGGCAACAGGCCCAGUAACCAACAUUAACCCCGCCCCCAUCGGCCGCUACGAGCCCCGCCCUUCAUCGCGGAUUGCUCACAGCACCUAUGCACACUUCAACACCAUCGCCAGGACGAAACAGAGCCAAGCCCCGCCCAAACCAGUACCUCAGACCACAGACUAUUCCAGGGAAUGUGGCCUGCUGGAAUCAACCAAUCAGCUUGCUUACGACACCUAUGGAUAUCCAAGCACAGCCCAGUAUGCACAGUACAGGCUAGGAUUUGCUCCACCACUGGAGGAAGGUCCAGCCUAUGAGAUGUAUCCUACAGGACAGGGGGUGGGACCCAGUCAAGGGGCAGGGCAAGAUGCUGGAUUAGGGAAGUAUGGGAGCUCCACGCGUUUCUCCUAUUCAUCCCCGCCCACAGAAUUCUCUCAAAGACACACACAGAGAAUGCAGACGCACGUAUGAGAGUGUAAUGGACACACACACACACACACACACACACUCUCUCACUGAGCACUCGAAAAAAGAAAGAAAAAACAUACUGUACCCAUAUUUAAAUGUGACACAUCACGCCACAACAGUAGCCAAAAUGAUUAAUCCAAACACACUCGCACACUCGCACACACACACACACACAUGCGCAAACACACACACAC